ACCUGCCAUUGUAUCUGUGGUGAUAGCAGAAUGGCUCUGUUGUCUAACUUUGUAGUAGCUGCUCUUGUCCUCAUUGCAUUUGCUUUGUCAAAUUGUUUCUACAUGAACCACUUGUCCGAUAGUGAAACGAAACCGAUCAGGUGUGUCCAUGCCGAGCCAAACGAGAGCAUAGCAUAUGAGAGGCUUGCCAUUGCUAAUCCAACUGAAACACACAAUAAACCCGUGAUUUCAAGUGAAAAUCACCCUUAAAAGUUUCAAAGAGACUACUAAUUAUAGAGAUGACAAAUGCACCAUGGCCCCACAAAGUCGGUUUGACUGUGCCAGGGACAGGGUUCUCAGCAAGUGUGAGGAGAGGGGUAAUUAUAUAGGAGUCCAGAAGCACACCUAUAAAGAGUGAGUUAGAUUCAUUAAUGUGUUUAGUAUAUCUUAUUUAUCCUAAGGCCAUGAUGCCCCAUAUUGGUCCCUGGGAUUUCAUCUUUGCCGCUGGGGUUACACCACCACUAAUACAACCCGCAAGGAUGUGCAGUGGAAUGAUUUGGAUUACGCAGACAAGCGAAGGAUUUUCACUUUUGAUCCCUGGCGAUUUGGUGACCUCCCAGAGAUGGUGGAAGAAUUCCAUAGGAGAGGCAUGAAGUACAUCCUUAUUCUGGACCCAGGGAUCAGUAGCACUAGCCCCACUGGAACUUACCCUCCCUUUGAUGAUGGCCUGAAACGAGACGUCUUCAUUAAAAAUGUCACAGGACACAUUUUGAUCGGGAAGGUUUGGCCUGGCCCUACAGCCUUCCCUGACUUCACCAACCCAGAGACCAGACAGUGGUGGGAAGACUGCAUCAGAGAUUUUCAUUCUAAAGUGCCUGUGGAUGGACUGUGGAUUGAUAUGAAUGAACCAGCCAAUUUUUUUUUUCCAGGGCUCAAUGGAGGGCUGUCCUCACACUGAUCUUGAAGACCCGCCUUACACACCUACUUAGUGUUUUAGUGUCACAAAUUAUCAGCAUGUGAAAUCAUAAAAAAACAAUAUUUUGUUUACAUAUGCUGUCAAUUGUGUUACGUUAAAGGUCCAGUGUGUAACAUUUAGCAGAGUUUAUUAGCUGAAAUCAAAUACACUCUCCAUAAGUAUGUUUUUAUAAGUUACUAACCAAUAAAAUAUAUAACACAUUUAGAAUCAGCCCUUUACAUGUACAGAGGGCCUUGCUUUACAGGGGUCUCCAACUUGCUUCGCAAUGUUUCGACGGCAAACAUUGUACUUUGUAGUCCCCAUUAGAUUAAACACAUUCUUACAUACUGGACCUUUCAAAGUACAUACAGUACACAAAUGCUCUGCAGAUACAUACCUGUUUCUUUGUUCUGAAUGUUGCUUCAAAUCAUUGUCUGUGUUCCUGAAUCUCAUACAAACAGGAGUAGGCGGAGGGGAGUUGAACUCGGGAACUCUCUGCAUGUCAGCUCAGCAGAGGCAAUCCACUCACUACAACCUGCACAAUAUGUACGGACUGACAGAAGCAUAUGCCACAAACAGAGCUCUUACAAAGGUACGAGGGAAGAGGCCUUUUGUCCUGUCUCGCUCCUCUUACUCUGGCAUUGGACGCUUCUCUGGAGUGUGGACAGGUGAUGUCAGAAGUGACUGGGAGCAGCUGCGAUUCUCCAUCCCUGCUGUGCUGCAGUUUAGCCUGUUCGGGGUUCCUCUGGUGGGGGCGGACAUCUGUGGGUUUGAAGGCAACACCACUGAGGAACUGUGUGUGCGAUGGAUGCAGCUUGGGGCCUUUUACCCAUUUAUGAGGAACCACAAUGACAACUUCAAUGCUCCUCAGGAGCCAUAUGUAUUUGGGCAGGAGGCUCAGGCUGCCAUGCGGAGUGCACUGAACCUUCGUUACUCCCUUCUCCCUUUCCUCUACACACUCUUUCAUCAUGCACACACCUCCGCUGACACUGUGGCCAGGCCUCUCUUCAUGGAGUUUCCCACUGACCCCAACUGUCAGACCAUAGACCGGCAGUUCUUGUGGGGGAGUUCACUCCUCAUUAGCCCAGUUUUGGAGCAAGGCUCAGUCAAGUUGACUGCCUACCUACCCUUUGGCAUUUGGUACAACUUGCAUAAUGGUCAGCCUUUUUACAGUAAGGGUCAGUACCUGCUCCUGUCAGCCCCUCUGGACACUAUCAACGUACAUGUGAGGGAGGGACACAUUAUCCCACAGCAGGAUCCUGCUCUGACAACCACAGCCUCACGCAGAAACCCCUUCUUCCUGACAGUGGCACUGUCAGCAGGUGGCUGGGCCUGGGGAGACUUGUUCUGGGACGAUGGGGACAGUCUUGAUACCUACAAAACGCAAGAUUAUUGUUAUGUCAUCUUCACUGCUGGACAGUCUCAGGUUGUGAGUGAUCCUCUGAUGCUGAAUGGGGCCCUGGAUGAACUGGUGCUGGGAGGACUGCAGGUGUUUGGAGUGCCCUCACCUCCCCGCUAUGUUUUGGCCAAUGGGGAGAAAGUCAGUGAUUUCAUGUACCACAGCGACACCAAGGUCUUGACAGUGACCAAGUUGACCUUGCCCAUGGCAAAGGUUUUCACAGUCCAGUGGGCUCUCUGAUGCAGCCAACAUUGUCGUUAGAUGGCCAUUGGGAGCAUUUGCACUAUGCACAGCUGCUUUUCUUUUGCAGGCCGCAUUUGCUCUGUCUUAUAUCCCUCUACAGCAGGUGUUGUGACAGUGUCACACCAACCACUGGAUCAAGACAGUUCAAUGACUUGUGAAUUUAUGCAAUCUUAUAACUAUAUAUUUAUAGUCCUUCACAUUUUCUGAAAUAGUGUUUCUGUGUUUUAGUUCCAUUGUCAAUAAAAACUGUCGAGA